AUGAUAGAAAUGAACAAUCAAGCAGCCAAAACAUUAGCCGGACCUCAACCACUGACACAGAAACUAUCAGAGAAAAGAAAAUCAAUCAGAAACAAUCAAUUUGGAGUGAUGAAGUGGAAGGAACAAUUACACAAGAUUCUCAAACUAAUAGAUGAUUCAGAUAUAGAAAUGAAGGAAUUAGGUAGUAGCAACCAGACAAGCCCUGAACCUA